CGCGAGUUGUGUUUUAAACCGCGGUGUGCGGGAUCGUUGGUGGUGCAGUCUUGGAGUAAUCCAGGAUGGCUACUCUGAUCUUUGUUGAUAAGGAUAAUGAAGAACCAGGCAGCCGUUUGGCAACUAAGGAUGGGUUGAAGCUGGGGUCUGGUGUCAAGGCGUUAGAUGGGAAAUUACAGGUCUCAGCGCCUCAAGCUGGCAAAGUGUUCGAGGCUCCAGCCUUGCCUAAAGCCAACAGAAAGGCUUUAGGAACUGUCAACAGGGUUACAGAAAAGCCAGUGAAGACUAAUAAUAGGCCGCUCAAACAAAGACAGCCAGCUUCGACCGUGAAGAAGAUUGCUGAGAAGCCGGCUAAGAUACAAAGCUCUGUUUCUGCUUCUGAUGAUGACGCCUAUCCAGAAAUAGAGAAGUUCUUCCCAUUCAAUCCUCUAGAUUUUGAGAGUUUUGACUUGCCUGAGGAGCACCAGAUUGCACAUCUCCCCUUGAAUGGAGUGCCUCUCAUGGUCCUGAGUGAGGAAAACAUGGUUGAGAAGCUGCUGCACCUGGAUCCCCCUUCGCCUCUGAAGACACCCUUUCUACCGUGGGAAUUUGGUCCACUGCAGUCUCCUUCCAGCCUUCUCUCCACCCUGGAUGUUGAACUGCCGCCUGUUUGUUACGAUGCCGAUAUUUAAACUUCUUAUUCUUUUAUAGUUCUUAUGUAUGUUGUAUAAUAAAGUGUUUGUGUGUGCA